AUGAACAAACCUCAGCUACAACUCAUGAAGAAGAAAAAAGUUUUUUUUAAAAGCCCUGUUGAAACUGUUGUCAACUGUAUCUCCCAUAUCUCUCAGGUGUGGAUGUUGCAGGAGGGCCAGGUGGAGCUGCUGGCUUCUUUCUACAAACACAGCACUUCAAGAGCCAAAGGAGCUCUUCAGAAAGCUCACCAGAAAUUAACAAUCCAGGAAAAGGAGUUGGAAACAAUACGGAAGGAGAACAGGGAACUGAAGAAAAAGUAUCUCAGCUUGAAGGGCUCCUCCCUCCACUUCUCACACCCUCAGGAUAAAUGCCUUCAGUCUACAGCCCUCUAUGGUGAGGCAAAAUCAGAGGGCUAA